ACAAAGAACAAUGUAAACAAAAAUGGCUGAGAGAGACGAGAGCUAGCAGCCGUGGCUACUCGCUGCUCACCUUCCCGGUUAAGAGGGCCAGAAAUGUCUCACGUUCGCAAGAGAGUCUUCAGUCGUGAAGGAGACGUUCAGGAAUCCAGCAAGGCCUCCUACAUACACAUCAUGUGUAUCAGAUGCAAGCCACACCACACAAGCAUUCAUCCCACAACAUGAACGGUGUUGACGAUGAGAAAAAAAUCAAUUUGCAUGCUAGGUGUCCAUACUGUCAUUCAGUGGCCUAACAUGCUGUGUGAGUGUCUUGUGGUGCAGGGUGUAGGAGAGACAGGCUGCAGGGCUCUGAGACCUGCGAAGAGGAGGAGAGGAGAGGAGGGAAGCACUAUAGCUGAUGCCAACCCUAAGAACCCUAACACUGGUACUGUAUGUGUAGUACAUAUCUCACUAGUGAUUGAAUAAUAGUUG